UUCAGCCCUGUGACAGGACUUCCAUUGCAUCUGAAGGCUGAACUCCUGACUCAGGAAUCUCUUAAAGUCCACAGUGAGAACUUCCAGGGACCUGCGGUGACACCUCUCACACUGCCAGCAGGGGACACAAUCCUCAGCAUGCUCAAAGGGAAAUAGAAGUCAGAACCAGAGCCUCUAACCUGUACCCCAGUGAUGGGGCCCCCCGUGCACCAGCUGUUGGCUGGCCUGUGCAUGGGGGUAGUCUUGGGCUGGGUAGGAGGCUCAGCCCCCAGCCUGGGCCCAGCUGAACAGGAGCAGAACCACUACCUGGCCCAGCUGUUUGGCCUGUAUGGCGAGAACGGGACGCUGACUGCAGGGGGCCUGGCCCGGCUUCUCCACAGCCUAGGGCUGGGCCGAGUUCAGGGGCUCCGCCUGGGACACCACGAGCCUCCAACUGGGCGGGCUGCACCCCCAAAUGGCGACAAUUUCACACACAGACUACAGGAACCGGAGCUGAGUGUUCAUGUCUGGGCAGGAAUGCCUCUGAGUCCUUCAGGCUGGGGUGACCUGGAGGAGUCAAAAGCCCCUGACCUGCCCCACGAGCCAGGGCCCUCGGGCCUAGACCUCUUUCACAGGCUUCUGCUGCUGGACCAUUCUUUGGCUGACCACCUGAAUGAAGAUUGUCUGAAUGGUUCCCAGCUGCUGGUCAACUUUGGCCUGAACCCUGUUGCUCCUCUGACCCCUCGUCAGUUUGCUCUGCUAUGCCCAGCUCUGCUUUACCAGAUUGACAGCCGUGUUUGCAUCAAGACUGCAACUCCAGCACCUUCAGGAGAUGUACUGUCUGCUCUGUUCCACAGUGCCCUGGCGGCCCUGCUGCUCAGCCUCCCUGCUCCCCUCUCCCUGCUGCUGCUGAGGCUCCUGGGACCUCGUUUGCUGCAGCCUGUGCUAGGCUUCCUGGGGGCCCUGGCUGUGGGCACUCUUUGUGGAGAUGCAUUGCUACACCUGUUGCCUCAUGCACAAGGAGGGCAGCACACAGGACCUAAUGAGCAACCAGAGGACCUGGGUCCGGGGCUGUCAGUGCUUGGUGGCCUCUUCCUGCUCUUCGUGCUAGAGAACGUGCUAGGACUGGCGCGCCACCGAGGGCUCAGGCCAAGAUGCUGCAGGCACAAAAAGGAUCUUGGAGAAUCGAACCUUGACCCAGAGGAUGGCAGUGGGAUGGUCCUUCGACCCCUACAGGCAGCUCCAGAGCCAGAGGUUCAGGGCCAGAGGGAGAUCAGCCAAUCCCCACCAGCUCCAGCCCCUCCUGGGCACCGAGGCCACAGUCAUGAGCACCAGGGUGGCAGCGGCACCAACAUUGCAUGGAUGGUUCUCCUGGGAGACGGCCUGCACAACCUCACGGAUGGGCUUGCGUUAGGUGCUGCCUUCUCUGCCGGCUUCUCCAGCGGCCUCAGCACCACCCUGGCGGUCUUCUGCCACGAGCUGCCCCAUGAACUGGGUGACUUUGCGAUGCUGCUUCAGGCAGGGCUGUCCUUCCGGAGGCUGCUGCUGCUGAGCCUCGUUUCUGGAGCCCUGGGACUGGGGGGUGCAGCCCUCGGGGUGGGGCUCAGUUUGGGCCCUGUCCCCCUCACUCCCUGGGUGUUUGGGGUCACAGCUGGGGUCUUUCUCUACGUGGCCCUUGUGGAUAUGCUGCCAGCCCUGCUCCGGCCUCCUGAGCCCCGGCCUGUGCUCCACAUCCUCCUGCAGGGGCUGGGUCUGCUGCUGGGGGGCAGCCUCAUGCUUACUAUAGCCCUGCUAGAGGAACAGCUACUGCCCGUGGUUCCUGAUGGCUGAUGGGGGCCAGUGGCAAAGGAUCCAGAUUGCCCUUCCUUCCCCCCAACCACAGGAACGGAGGCCGGACACAGGGCCAGUAGGAGCAAUAGGAUUUUAAUAAACAGAACCCAUCCCAAAGCCAUGACUACGACAGUUGUACUUGCACCAAAACAGCAUAGAAAACCAGGGUGUGGUGGGAGGGCUCAAAGCAGGUUGGGGGAGGACAAGAGUGGGGGCCUGGAGAAUGUGGGGUGCAUCAGUCUUCAGGGAUAGCAUUGUGCUUUAGCCCAGGUAGGAGGGGGAGGGGCAGGGCAAAUGCACCAAGGUUCCCGUUUGUGUUUUUUCUGCUGCCCUCAGCACCCUGGGGUGCAGGUAUCUGGGCUUUAUUGCUGCCCACCAGCAUUAAACACCCCUGACCCCAACACUAGCACCACAGGUGGAUCUGGGAUAGGGGGAAGGGCAGGAAUGGGGAAAUUGCUUAGAGAAAGAUUCAACUAGAAUCCAGUGAAUUGUGCUCAGUUCUCUUUACUUCCUACAACCGAGUACAUGGGUCACAGGUGGAGGGUGCGACAGGACAGGAACAUGCCCCUCCGUGCCCCCAACACACCUGCACACAGGAUGGUGGUGUCUGCAGCAUCACAGGUCAUGCAGGGCAUGGGGAAGGGGAGGUUCACACACACAUAGUUGCCCACAGUGGGUACCAGACAGAGAACACCCCUGAAUAUACACAGCUGUACAUGGGGAACCCCAGGCCCCCACCCAACCCUCUCCCCUGUCUUGCUGUUCCCCAGCAGGGGAACUGUAUUGCUUUGAGAGAGCCACCCUGGGGCUGCUCUGCCAGGCACCCUCCCC